UAUAAUGUUGACACUCCAGUGAGAGAUGACUGGGACCCAGUAAACUGCAUGUGUUUAAAGGAGGAGAUGUUGAUGGUUGAGACAGUUACUCCGCUAAGAGUUAGUCACAAAAUAAUGAACAUGAAAUUUCAGCCCACUGAUGUCGUCUUUUUUGACGAGCCAUUCCUACUACAGUCCUCCAUACAUUCGCUGUCGCCUUGGCAACUGUUGCUAGGCGACACUAGGUAUCAGAUGAACAAGAGUGUCGUGACUCUUGACCAGGACGACCUUCCUGGAGUAAAGGACA